AUGGAGGUCUCUGAGACUCCCAACUCCUUGCAGUUACCAAAUUCCAUUCCCUUCUGGCGACUCGUCCUCAAUCCCGGUGCUAUCACCCAAGAGGUCGUUGACCAUCGUUAUGCCGGCUCAGGGACCGAAGAAGAUCCAUAUGCCGUGGAAUGGAUGCCCAAGGACUUUCGAAACCCGCUCCAAUUAAAGACAUCCAUGAAAUGGUUCAUCACCGUGGUCGCCGCUAUCGAGACCUUGGUCGUUGCGCUGGUCUCGUCCGCCUAUACUGGUGGUCUCGUUCAAAUCCAGGAACGAUUUGGCGCAACCACCGAGGUUGCCACCUUGGGAGUAUCCCUCUACGUACUGGGAUUUGCCCUAGGUCCCCUGAUCUGGGCUCCCAUGAGUGAAAUCUUCGGUCGCCAACUUGUCUUCGUCACCACCUACUGCGGACUGACCAUCUUUUGUGCCGCAUGUACAGGCGCAGAGAACAUCACAACCCUACUGAUCUUCCGGUUCUUGUCCGGACUGGCCCUAUCGGCCUUCGCCUUGGCUCCAUUCCUAGGACCCGUCAUUGGGCCCAUCGCCGGUGGUUUCCUCGGUAUGUCGAGCGGAGGCUGGAAGUGGGUGAUGGGUCUCUUGGGCAUCCUCUGUGCUGUGAUGUGGAUUUUGGGAGCCGCGUUGAAGCCUGAGACCUAUGCCCCCGUUCUUCUUCGCCAGCGUGCAAACACUCUCUCCAAGCUCACCGGUAAGGUGUACGUCAGCAAGUUAGAUAUCGACCAAGGGCGUCUCACUUUGAAAGCCGCCUUGAAAAUCUCUCUCUCGCGGCCCAUGAUCCUUCUUUUUCAAGAACCGAUCGUCCUACUACUAUCGAUCUACCUUGCCAUCAUCUACGGAACCCUCUAUAUGCUGUUCGGCGCCUUCCCGAUUGUAUAUCAGCUCCAUCGUGGAUGGAAUCAAGGUGUCGGCGGUUUAGCUUUCAUCGGGGUUAUGAUUGGUAUGAUUGGUGCGGUCGCGUACUCAAUUCCUGAAAAUAAGCGCUACGCAAAGCUUCUCCAGAAGAAUGGUGGCUACGCGCCUCCAGAAGCUCGCCUUCCACCGUGUAUGCUGGCCUCUGUUGCCCUCCCCAUAGGACUCUUCUGGUUCGCAUGGACCAACUCUCCAUCCGUCCACUGGCUUGUAAGCAUCGCCGCUGGAGUUCCGUUCGGCUUCGGAAUGUUACUCGUCUUCCUCAGUGUUUUCAACUACCUGAUCGAUGCUUACACUAUUUUCGCGGCAUCUGUCUUGGCAGCUAACACGCUAUUACGGUCGUUGUUCGGAUUUGCAUUCCCACUGUUCACCAAAUACAUGUACGAAGAUUUGGGCAUUCAUUGGGCAUCCUGUGUUCCGGCUUUCUUGGCUCUCGCAUGUGUACCUUUCCCUUUCCUGCUCUACAAAUAUGGACUGUCCAUCCGAAAGCACUGCAAGUACUCUGCGCAGUCCGAGGCCUUUGUUCAAAAUCUUCUUCGGGGCAUGCAGAAAGCCGCCGAGGAGUCUGCCGAGAUUAAGCCUGAAACAUCCACACCCACAUCGGACGAUACAGUCGCAUCGCUCCCUAGCAAGGAGACGCCCGCCGAUGUUCAUUCAAUUCACCAUACUCUUUCGCGCACUUCCACCAAUGCCACGCAUCCCAUUCAUCGGGUGCCCACAUAUGAAGCCAACCCUUACAACGUCGACCGCGUUCAUACAAGGGAGUCGUUCAAAUAA